AUGGUGAGUUAUUUUUUUACAUUUUUAAGGCAAUUGAUUAGCUUUUAUAAAAAAUAAAACCACUUUAAAAAUAUUCAUUUACAGAGCACAACGGUAUUAAUCAACGAUGCAGAAUUUCAAGAGUCUAAAUUAGACGAAUACAAAUCCUACUAUGAAAGAAUUAAAGGAACAUCAAAUAUUGCCACUUUUUUAGUUAAAAGAUUGUGGUACAAUGAUCAUCCAGAAACACAAGCGCCUAGAUCCACUAGAAGGCAAUUCAGAAACCGGGAAAAAUUUGUGAUUAAUGGUAUGCCAACUUUAAAAAGAUUUACUUUGUUAUUAGAUAUAAAACAAAAUCCUUGUACGGGAAAUAUUUAUUGCGUGAUUAUAAAUGACGUAAAACUUUCAAACUAACAAAAUAUUUUUAAAAAAAUUUUUUCUAAUUUUAGAAAGCAUGCCUGACUUCAAUCAGCACAUGAAAGGAAUUUUUGAAGAACUACAGAAGUUUGAAACAUCGAAAUGGAAGAAGCCUAUAAUAGAGAAGAUUGUCUUUGAUGUGUCACGUUUGGCUUUUGGGAAGAAGUUAUUUACCCGUGUCAGGCUUGACCAAACUAAAAACACAGCACGACUUGCCAAGGCACUACCUAAUUAG